AGCUUCUUGAACACGACAGACGCGCUCCGGCGGACGCCACUUCCUCUUAGUCAAGCAGAAUGCGCCACCGCGAGUGGAUCCACGUCCUCGCGGCGCUUGCCUUCCUCGUCGCGGCGCUAGCCUUCCUCGCGGCAUCGGAGGAAGCCGCUUCGGAGGACCGCCUUCUCGACGAGGACCGAGAGCUGGACGCCCUCGCCGCUGAGAUCUCAAAACUGCAGGCCAAGUACGCCGCGCUGCAGGACGGCGAGCGCGGCGGCGAUCUCCUGGUAGCGGGCCAGUGGAGCGCCUCCAGAGGAGCGCCGGCUCUCCUCGCGCUCGCUGCGCUCGCCAUGGUGCUCGGCCUGCCGUCGGGUGAGCAGUGGUGGGCGGUGGAGACCGCGCACCUGCAUCGGCUGACGCUCGCGCUGAAAGUGCCUGCGCUCGAGGCCAAGUACACCUCCGCCGCCUUCCGCUCCGCCUCCACGCCGCUCAUCCUCUUCCUCGUCACAUUUGCGAAUGUGUUCCUCAUGUUGGGCAUCCUCUACCCAGCAGCGGGCGCCGCCCCUGCCCGUCGGCACGGGUGCCCGGGCCGGGUGCCGAGCCAUCGCAUGUGGAGUCACUAGGCGCCACCCUGCCCGCUAGCGGUACGGCUUGGGGGCUGGCGAUGGCGGCCGUGCGCUGGCGGGCCGAUCGCAUGGCAGACCAGCAGCGCGCGCGCGUCCUCUUUGGUCGCGUGCUGAACGGGGUGAGCCUGGCGUGCUGGCUCGCGUGUCCUAGACGCUGGGAAUACGGAUGCAUGUACCCCACCCCAGCACUCG